AUGAGGAAAGAAAACCAGUCCUCUGCCUUGGAAUUCAUCCUCCUGGGAGUUAGUAGUCAACAAAAAGAAGAAGAUUUCUUCUUCAUCCUCUUCCUGUUCAUCUAUCCCAUCACAUUAAGUGGAAACCUGCUCAUCAUCUUAGCCAUUCGCUCUGACAGUCGCCUUCACAACCCUAUGUACUUUUUCCUUGCCAACCUCUCUUUUGUUGACAUCGUCUUCUCAUCUGUAACUAUCCCAAACAUGCUAACCAGUCACCUCUUGGGCAGCAAAGUGAUCUCUUUUGGGGGAUGCUUCACCCAGAUGUAUUUCAUGAUUGCCAUGGCUAACACAGACAGCUACAUCUUGGCUGUGAUGGCGUAUGACCGGGCUGUGGCCAUCAGCUGCCCACUUCAUUACAAGACGAUUAUGAGCCUGCAAUCUUGUGCCCUGCUAGUAGCUGGGUCUUGGGUGGUUGGAAUCGCCAAUUCUCUCCCCCACACUCUGCUCACUGCUAGUCUGUCCUUCGGUGGCAAGAAUGAAGUAGUCAACUUCUACUGUGACAUUGCCUCAUUGCUCAAACUGUCCUGUUCUGACAUCCAUUUUAAUGUAAAGAUCAUGUACCUAGGGGUUGCUGUUUUCUGUGUGCCAUUACUAUCCAUUGUUAUCUCCUAUAUUCGAGUCUUUUCCACGGUCUUACAGAUUCCAUCCACCAAGGGUGUGCUCAAAGCCUUCUCCACCUGUGGCUCCCACCUCACAGUAGUUUCUCUGUAUUAUGGGACAGUCAUGGCCAUGUAUUUCCGCCCUCUGACCAGUUACAACCUGAAGGAUGCAGUGAUAACUGUGAUGUACAUCGCAGUGACCCCAAUGCUAAAUCCUUUCAUCUAUAGUCUGAGAAACCGGGACAUGAAGGCUGCCCUGUGGAAACUUUUCAGCAAGAAAAUCUCCUCAUAA